GCCAGGACAUGCCACCUAAGACCAAAGAAAAAGGUAGGAAAUCUGGGACACAGAAGAAGAAAAAGAACUUGAGUGUUGAUGUGGAGGCCGAGGCCAAGCACAGGCUGAUGGUGCUGGAGAAGGAGCUGCUCCUGAACCACUUGGCUCUGCGGAGGGAUGAGUCCCGUAGAGCCAAGGCUUCCGAAGAGCUGCUGAAGCAGAAGUUGCAAGGGUUAGAGGCAGAACUCAAAGAGGCCCGAAGUGAAGAGAAGGCUAUAUAUGCAGAGAUGAGCCGCCAGCACCAGGCCCUGAAGGAGAAGUUGGAAACCCGCAGCCAUCAGCUGGAAGAGGAAGUAAGGGGUCUUCGGGAGCAGCUAGAAAUGUGCCAGAAGGAGGCUAAGGCUGAAAGGGAAGAGGCUGAGCAAGCCCUCAGAGAGCGGGACCAGACCCUGACUCAGCUUAGGGCCCAGGUGGUGGACAUGGAGGCCAAGUACCAGGAAAUCUUACAUGGCAGCCUGGACCAGCUCUUGGCCAAACUGAGAGCUGUUAAGCCUCACUGGGAUGGGGCCGUGCUGAGACUCCAUGCCAAGCACAAGGAGCAGCUGCGUCAAUUUGGCCUCAACCCUCUGGAUCUUUGAGGCUGCCAGCCUCUACUCUCUGAGGCCCAGUAAUAAAGUGUUUUAAUGUUGAACCCA